GUCCGGCAGAGCUCAGGGGUAUUGGGCUGAGGCGACAGUCGCUGCGGUUCCGAUCCCGAGCGCGGGGGCCUCGAGCGGAGAGGACAAGCUCCUCUGAAAUGAGAAGCUGCCCGUGGCCGUGAGUCCGCUGCGAGAUCACUGAUGAUUACUUGGCAUUUCUGGGACACAGGCAGGUCCUCAGUGAUCUACACCGACGGCUCGCCAUUUCCCUUGCAGAGUUUGUGCAACUUUGCAGACAUGUUCACCGUUUCCCAGACCUCGCGAGCAUGGUUCAUCGAUAGAGCCCGGCAGGCUCGAGAGGAAAGGCUUGUGCAGAAGGAGCGGGAGCGGGCAGCCGUCGGGAUCCAGGCCCGCGUGCGGAGUUUUCUCUGUCGGAGGCGACUACAGAGGGAAAUCAGGAGAGAGAUCGAUGAGUUUUUUAAAGCAGAUGACGCUGGGUCCAGUAGAAGAAGUGCACUUUGUAUUUUUAAGAUUGCCAGGAAACUGCUGUUCUUGUUCAGAAUGAAAGAAGAUAAUGAGAGAUUUGAAAAGUUGUGUCGCUGCAUCCUGAGCAGUAUGGAUGCUGAGAAUGAACCCAAGGUGUGGUAUGUGUCCCUGGCUCUUUCCAAGGAUCUCACCCUCUUAUGGAUUAAACAGAUCAAGGACCUGCUGUGGCACUGCUGUGAGUUUCUUGAGCAGCUCAAGCCUGAAAUCCUACAAGAAUCCAGACUCAUCACACUGUACCUCACGAUGCUGGUCACCUUCACAGACACUUCAACAUGGAAAAUUCUCCGGGGAAAAGGUGAGAGUCUCCGACCAGCCAUGAACCACAUCUGUGCAAAUAUAAUGGGACAUCUCAACCAGCGUGGACUUUACUCUGUGCUGCAGAUAUUGUUAACCCGUGGCCUGGCCAGACCCCGGCCUUGUCUGUCCAAAGGCACUCUGACUGCAGCCUUUUCUCUGGCCUUGCGCCCUGUGAUUGCUGCCCAGUUUUCAGACAAUCUGAUUCGGCCAUUCCUCGUCCACAUCAUGUCUGUGCCAGCUCUUGUGACUCAUCUCAGCGUAGUGACCCCUGAGCGCCUCACUGUGGUAGAAUCUCAUGACAUGCUUCGUAAGUUCAUCACAUUUUUAAGAGCUAAAGAUCGAUGCCGCGAUGUCUGUGAGAGUUUAGAAGGAAGCCAUACGCUGUGUCUAAUGGGCAACCUCCUGCACCUGGGCUCCCUCAGCCCCAGGGUGUUGGAGGAGGAGACAGAUGGGUUUGUGAGUUUGCUCACGCAGAUGCUGUGCUACUGUCAGAAGUACGUGACCCAGAAGAAAUCCAACCUGACCCACUGGCACCCCGUCCUUGGCUGGUUCUCCCAGUCGGUGGACUAUGGCCUCAACGAGUCAAUGCCCUUGGUCACCAAACAGCUGCAGUUCCUGUGGGGGGUGCCUCUGAUCCGGAUCUUCUUCAGUGACAUCCUGAGCAAGAAGCUGCUGGAGAACCAGGAGCCGGCGGCCCACGUGCAGCCGGCCUCCCCGCAGAACGUGCUUCCCGUGAAGAAUCUGCUGAAGCGUGCGUUUCAGAAGUCUGCGUCGGUGCGGAACAUCCUCAAGCCCGUCGGGGGCAAACGCGUGGACUCCGCGGAGGUGCAGAAGGUGUGCAGCAUCUGCGUCCUCUACCAGACCUCGCUGACCACUCUCACCCAGAUCCGGCUGCAGAUACUCACAGGUCUCACUUACCUUGAUGACCUGCUGCCCAAACUGUGGGCGUUUAUCUGUGAGCUGGGGCCCCACGGAGGGUUGAAGCUCUUCUUGGAAUGCCUCAACAAUGACACCGAAGAGUCCAAGCAGCUCUUGGCCAUGCUGAUGCUGUUCUGUGACUGCUCCCGGCAUCUCAUCACGAUCCUUGAUGACAUUGAAGUUUAUGAAGAACAAAUUUCAUUCAAACUGGAAGAGCUGGUCACCAUCUCCUCUUUUCUGAAUUCCUUUGUGUUUAAGAUGAUCUGGGAUGGCAUCGUAGAGAACGCCAAGGGUGAGACCUUGGAGCUGUUCCAGUCCGUCCAUGGGUGGCUGAUGGUACUGUAUGAGCGGGACUGUCGGCGCCGCUUCGCCCCUGAGGACCACUGGCUGCGAAAGGAUCUCAAACCUAGCGUGCUCUUCCAAGAACUGGACAAGGACAGAAAGCGGGCCCAGCUGAUCCUGCAGUACAUCCCUCACGUCAUUCCUCACAAAAACAGAGUUCUCCUGUUCCGAAACAUGGUCACCAAGGAGAAGGAGAAACUGGGGCUCGUGGAGACCAGCUCCGCCUCACCUCACGUCACCCACAUCACUAUCCGACGGUCCCGGAUGUUGGAGGAUGGCUACGAGCAGCUGCGGCAACUGUCCCAGCACGCCAUGAAGGGCGUGAUCCGCGUGAAGUUUGUCAAUGACCUCGGGGUGGACGAGGCAGGGAUCGAUCAAGACGGUGUUUUCAAGGAGUUCUUGGAAGAGAUCAUCAAGAGGGUGUUUGACCCGGCACUGAACCUGUUCAAGACAACCAGUGGGGACGAGAGGCUCUACCCCUCGCCCACCUCUUACAUCCACGAGAACUACCUGCAGCUCUUUGAGUUCGUGGGCAAGAUGCUGGGGAAGGCUGUGUAUGAGGGGAUCGUGGUGGACGUGCCCUUCGCCUCCUUCUUCCUGAGCCAGCUGCUCGGGCACCACCACAGUGUCUUCUAUAGCUCCGUGGACGAGCUGCCUUCCCUGGACUCUGAGUUCUACAAAAACCUCACCUCCAUUAAGCGCUACGAUGGGGACAUCUCCGACCUGGGCCUGACGCUGUCGUACGAUGAAGACGUCAUGGGUCAGGUAGGUUGGCGAGAGCGGGGUUCAGUGCUGCAGGCUGCCUAUCCCGCGGGGCCUGGCAGUGCCCACUUCUCCUUCAGAGGAUGCUGGGCCCUGUACUUCCGAGCAUUGUUUUCUUUUGUCGGCUACAGAAUUAGCUACAUCCACCUGAUGGCACACUUCCGGAUGCACACGCAAAUCAAAAACCAGACGGCUGCCCUCAUCAGCGGAUUCCGUUCUCUCAUCAAACCCGAGUGGACCCGGAUGUUCUCAACCCCUGAGCUCCAGCGUCUCAUCUCCGGUGACAACGCUGAGAUUGACCUGGAGGAUUUAAAGAAGCACACAGUGUACUACGGUGGUUUUCAUGGAAGUCACAGGGUCAUUAUCUGGCUCUGGGAUAUUCUGGCCUCCGACUUCACGCCCAACGAGAGAGCCAUGUUUCUGAAGUUUGUGACCAGCUGCUCCAGGCCCCCGCUCCUGGGAUUCGCCUACCUCAAGCCUCCUUUCUCCAUUCGCUGUGUCGAAGUGUCAGAUGACCAGGACACUGGGGACACCCUGGGCAGCGUCCUCCGGGGCUUCUUCACCAUCCGCAAGCGGGAGCCAGGCGGCCGCCUGCCCACCUCCUCCACCUGCUUUAACCUGCUCAAGCUGCCUAACUACAGCAAGAAGAGUGUCCUGCGGGAGAAGCUGCGCUACGCCAUCAGCAUGAACACGGGCUUCGAGCUGUCCUAGCACCCGGUGCCGGCCGCCUGCCUCGCAGACUUGUGCCUACCAGGACCUCAGCUCCAGGAGGCAGCGUUCCCCGGGGUCCGGGACCUACAUGCCAGGUGACUGCAGCCCUCAGACCCUCUCUAUAGCCAUGAGACUCCCCUGUGGCUUCAAGAACUUGGGAUGCACAUACGACUCUACACAUUCUCCAGGUGACACUAAUGGGAAGCGGGUGUCGGAAAUAAACCUCCAGAUUCCGCCAGCA